AUGACUACUAACCUCCUGUUUGUUGAAUCAAUGGAAAUACUGCGGAAUAGUUUGUCGCACUACCACACUUUGUUAGAAGCGAUUCUGAUAGUUUCGAUAGUGUGGUUUAUUUCUAAGAAACGAAGUAACCAGGAUUCAGUACUUUCAAAAGAAUUGGUGGAGAACAAAUUAGCAGAGUGGCGGCCGGAAUCUCUCGUACCGGAAUCAUCGAAGAAUCAUCCUUCGUUAAAUCCGAAAUACGUCACUUCUAAAGUCGGAAAGCGAGUGAUAGUUGAUGGAAAAAAUUGCCUUAAUUUGGGUACACAUAACUAUUUAGGUUUCAGCGACAAAGCAGAACUGAUAGAAAGUGCUGCAGCGGCUAUAAAAAAAUACGGCGUUGGAUCUUGCGGACCACGAGGCUUCUAUGGAACCGUCGACGUACAUCUUGAAUUAGAAGAACGUUUAGCUAAAUUUAUGGGCGUGGAAGAAGCAAUAAUAUACUCGUAUGGAUUCGUCACUGUGUCGAGUGCAAUUCCAGCUUAUUGUAAACGUAAAGACUUAAUAUUUGUGGACGAGCAAGUAAAUUUUGCCAUACAAAAAGGAUUGGACGCAUCUCGAGGAAAUAUUCGAUAUUUCAAACACAAUGAUGCUCAAGAUCUACGUAAUCUCUUAAUGAAACAAGAGGAAAUAGAUAAAAUACAUCUUAAAAAGGGUACAAAAGUCAAACGUUUCCUGAUUAUAGAAGGUAUUUAUAUGAAUACAGGAAACAUCUGUCCUCUACCAGAAUUAUUGGCUCUAUGUAAGGAGUACAAAUUGAGAAUCUUUAUCGACGAGUCAAUAUCAUUUGGUACCAUCGGGCUGCAUGGAAGAGGUGUUACUGAAUACUUUAACAUUCCUAUAAGUGAAAUAGAUAUGAUAAUGGGAUCUUUAGAAUGGGCUAUAGGAUCUAUUGGUGGCUUUUGUGUAGGAGCCACCUUUAUCAUCAAUCAUCAACGAUUAUCUGGCCUUGGUUACUGUUUCUCAGCUUCUCAACCACCUCUCUUGGCAUCCACUGCUAUCACUUCUUUAGAUAUGAUUGAAAAUAAUUUAGAAAUAUUCCAGUCUUUGAGAAAUAAUGCUUUAUCGAUACACAAUGGUCUCAAAGAAAUCUUAAUGUUAGAGUGCUCUAGUUUUGCAGAAUCGCCUUUGAAGCAUGUAUAUUUAAAGGAGCAGAAAGAUCGUGCCAUAGAGGAGAAAUUACUAUCUGCAAUUUCAAAUAAAUGUAUAGAAAAUAACUUGGCGAUUAUAGUGCCUGUCUAUUUGGAAACUGAAAUAAUGUUACCCAGACCUAGUCUUAGACUUUGUAUAUCUGUUAGUCUGGAUAACAGUGAUAUCAAGUUCGCACUAAACACUUUAAAGAAGUGUACAGAAGAAGUUUUGUUGUCAUUUUGUGAAUGAAAUAAAUGAAACUUGAGAAAGAAUUAUAUUUUAAGAUAUGUUCAGCUUGUAUAUCAGAAAUGCAUCUAUUUAUACAUAUCAUAUCCUGUGUAUCAACACGGAUAUUGAUUCGUCCAUAUAGCUUUUUUGUACGAUGAAAAUAUAGUUAUUAAGAUAAAAUAGAGCUUUGAAAACAUUGCU